AUGCUUCUGCAUCAGUUUAUGAACGGAGCUCUGGAAGCCAUGCAUCCCACAUCUCUCCAGAAGGACACCACUUUUACUAAAAUCUUCGUCGGCGGACUGCCUUACCACACCACCGACGCCUCGCUGAGAAAAUACUUCGAGGCCUUUGGAGACAUUGACGAGGCUGUGGUGAUAACGGACAGGCAGACAGCCAAAUCCAGAGGAUACGGCUUUGUAACGAUGACAGACCGAGGGGCUGCUGAGAGAGCUUGCAAGGAUCCCAACCCCAUUAUUGACGGCAGGAAAGCCAACGUCAACCUGGCCUACCUUGGUGCGAAGCCUCGCAGUAUACAAACAGGCAUAUCCAUCGGAGUGCAGCCCAUUCACCCAGCAUUUAUCCAGAGGCAGUAUGGGUUGGCCCCACCUUAUGUCUACCCGCAAGCCUAUGUGCAGCCCAGCCUGGUGCUGCCCACCCAGUUGUCCACCUCUGUGAGCACCAGCCCCUACCUGGACUACACCGCAGCCUACACGCAGUACGCCCAGGCCGCCUACGAGCAGCAGUAUCCCUACGCUGCUUCGCCAGCGGGCUUCCUGGGUUACAGCUACGCCACCAGCCCCGCUGCUGCUGCAGGGCCGGCCCCUGCCGCCACCGCGCCGUCCACCGCGCACCCCGCCUUGCCUUCGGCCGCCGGCCCAGCCUUCCUGCACUAUGCGCCGCAGCAGCAAAUCCAGCCCGACCGAAUGCAGUGA